CUCCCCAGCCGGCGCCUAGCGCUAGGUCUCGCGCGCCCCCCCCCCCCCCCCCACUUCAGCACACCUCCCGGGAGCGCGCACCGGCCAUGCCGCGCAGUGUUAAAGCGAGGGAGGCGCUGACUGUGGUGAAGGGAGGCAGAACCAUUAUUUAUUCCUGAGUAAAUUCGCGCAGUAAGCAGCUGUCGCGAGGUCGCCGCGGCUGGAAGGGAAAAUAACCACAGCCUUCUGUGAGGGGAGAAGACGGUGUCACCGGCCUGAGCUCCACACAGGCUUGAAUGGCUUUAGUAGAGGACAGUGUGUACGAUGACGAAGCACCCACCGAACCGUAGAGGGAUCUCCUUUGAAGUUGGAGCACAACUGGAAGCACGUGAUCGACUGAAGAAAUGGUAUGCCGCACACAUUGAAGAAAUAGAUUAUGAAGAAGGUAAAGUGCUGAUCCAUUUUAAACGGUGGAAUCACAGAUAUGAUGAAUGGUUUUGCUGGGACAGUCCUUACCUUCGUCCUUUAGAAAAGAUCCAGCUGAGGCGGGAAGGCUUGGUAGAAGACGAGGCCACUGUGGUUUUUCGUGUAAAUGAACAAGUCUUGGCUUGUUGGUCCGAUUGCCGAUUUUAUCCAGCAAAAAUAACAUCUGUCAACAAAGAUGGCACUUACACUGUGAAGUUUUUUGAUGGUGUUAUUCAGACAGUUAAAAAUAUUCAUGUGAAAGCCUUUUCCAAAGAACAGGCCAAUGCUGCUCGCCCGAAGCACAGAGAGCGGCCCACAGAAAACACUACACCGUCUGAUAAACACAGAGGUAAAUUCAGAGAACAGAGGAAAAGCUCAGAGAACACAACCAUAGAAAAAGAGAAACCGCAGACGACAGAAAAGAGAGCUGUGCAGUCCGAAAAAGAGAAGAAGCCUGCGCCCUGUGAAAAGAGCAAAGUUCCUGCUGUAAAAAAUGAGAAGGAAGAUAAAGAAAAUAUAUCUGAGAAUGACAGGGACUCCUCUGCUGAGACCCGCCCAGAGGAGAGAGGUGGGCACAAUGACAGCUUGAAAGUACCACAUGAAAAUGGAGAACGGAGGAGGAAACGUGAUCGUUCAUCCUCACUAACAUCUGAUCCAGGUUCACAAACUCUUCAGCCAGUGACGUUGGAACUAAGAAGAAGAAAAAUCUCCAUAGCAUCAGAAACUCAUACCAAACGUCCACGCCUGGAAAAAAAAAAGAAUGUUUCUGCCGCUACAUCUGUGAGAACUGAAAAUGUGUCGGAUGGAGAACAGCCUCGUGCGGAGAGUGAGAACGAAAAGGAUCCUAAAGCAGAGCAUCUCUUACCCAGCAAAAGUCAGGAAGACCUUACUGGUCUGGAUGUUCCAGCAGAAACUGCACCAGAGAAGGAACUUGUGCAUCAAAAUGGUCCAGCCUUGGAACAAGAAGUGAAAACAAAGGAGUCCGCACCUGUGGACCAUGUGAAACCUAAAACCCCUGAAGAAAAAGGAUUGUUGCCUUUAGAGGAUGUUGUUGAGCCUUCUGCUGAGAAUGAGUCGACUGGUCUCCCAGACAUCAAAACCAAUGGCCAUGAGAGUGAACUUCCAGGACCAAAUGAAAUUCAGAUGAUCACUACACUAUCAGCUCCUAUGAAGCGGAAUCCACGGUCUGACAAUUCUGCUAAAUACAGCAGAGAACCUUUAACAAAUACUUUGAAGAAACCAGAUGAUCCAGCUGCCAAAGCUGUGACCUUGGAACUGGACGCCAACAGGUUUAAAUGCAAAAUUUUGGAUUGCUCCAAAUCCUUUCGCAAAGCCAAAUUGCUGCAUUAUCACCUGAAGUAUUUCCAUGGAGUUGAAAAGGCAGAGCAGGAUCAGAUGUCUAUGACCAGGCAUAUGCAGACAAGAGGCUCUUUAGCUCAUGAAAAGAACAGCCAGCAGACCUCAAAAAGGAGACGCACCACCUCUGGUUCCCUGCACACCCCGUUUCAGAUUUCUCUACGAAGUUCACCCCAUGAUGGUAAAGACUUAAUUUGUGAGAAGAGGCGCCAUUCAAGCCCAGCCACAAAUAGCUCAAGUGUCCAAAGACCUACACUGAAAGAGAAAAGCAAAGAGAAUCAAAUUCAGAAGUCUUGUCGCAAGCCUGAGAAGGGUUCAGAUAGUGUUAAAGAUAAGGUAAAGGAGAAGUUUAAUGACCUUUUGAGCCUUAAAUCAAAGAAGAAGAAAAAGAAAAGAAUCAAGUCAGAGCUAUCAGGCAGCGAAGAAAAUGUGGACAUUUCAAAGGAGCUGUCGCCCAAAAAAACUAACUCUAUAAAGCUGGGCACAGAUUAUAACAUUUCUUGUUCUAUUAAAACAUCUGAUCAUAUGAAGCGCAGAGAUACGCCCCGAUUAAGUGAUGAGGAGACUCUAAGUGAUUCAUGCACAGAAAGUCUGCUUUGGAGUGAUGAUGAUGAUGACGACUACAAUGAAGAAAUAGACGUUACAAAUGCAGAUGAAGAUAUGGAGGAUGAUGAAGCCGAGUGUGAAAUUGUUCGCUGCAUGUGUGAGGUGCAGGAAGAAAAUGACUUCAUGAUUCAGUGUGAAGAAUGUUUGUGCUGGCAGCAUGGAGUUUGCAUGGGGUUAUUAGAAGACACUGUACCUGAAAAAUACACUUGCUAUAUCUGCCAGGAUCCACCAGGGCAGCGCGUAAGUCUGAAGUACUGGUACGAUAAAGAGUGGCUGAAUGAAGGUCACAUGCAUGGCUUGUCAUUUCUGGAAGAAAACUACUCUCAUCAAAAUGCAAAAAAGAUUGUUGCAACACACCAGCUCUUAGGAGACGUGCAGCGUGUUAUUGAGGUUCUGCAUGGAUUGCAGCUGAAGAUGAGUAUUUUGCAAAGCAAGGAGCAUCCAGACCUGCGGUUUUGGGGCCAGCCAUGGAAGCAACAUACAUUGAAUGACAGAUGUUACAUCAGAAGAACUGUGGAGGAGAACUCCUGUAAAGAGGAUUCAACAAACUACAGGACUUACAAUGGUGCAGUGGAUAAGCCUUCCCCGAUUCCUUCUGUGGAGGAAUCUUAUAUCACCAGUGAACACUGUUACCAAAAACCUCGGACCUAUUACCCUGCAGUAGAGCAGAGACUGGUUGUAGAAACCCGCAGUUCAUCAUUAGAUGGCGGAGUAGACCGAAUACGGCAAAACAGGGAAGACUCCAUUGCUGAAAGAUUAGGCUGGGAACUGGACAGAGAGUUGCUAAAGGUAGAAAGUGAGUCAAAACAUAAUUAUUGUAAGGUAAGAGAAUGUUUAUCAAAGAGGAAUAUCCCUCAGGAAUCGCCGCAUGCUCAGCCCGCAGACAAUGGGGACGCUGCUGUCAGUUCACAGAUUCAAUGGCAACUUAACCUUCUAACACAUCUGGAGGCUCUGCAGGAAGAAGUUACUCAUAGAAUGGAUUUUAUAGAGAAGGAACUUGAUGUUCUAGAAAGUUUUUUGGACUACACUGGUGAACUUGAGCCACCAGAACCACUUGCGAGGCUUCCACAACUAAAGCAUCGGAUCAAGCAGCUUCUAAUGGACCUUGGCAAAGUGGAGCAAAUAGCUCUGUGUUCAACAUGAAGAGACUCGAGCAAACCAUGGAAGUGGCUCUACGAAUCGGAGUAGCAAGGCCUCCAGCACUGCAGAGCCUUGAGUAGCAUGCAGGCUGCAUGUAUCAUGGAGAGACUGCUGGGACGAUGGAGGAUGUCGCUUGUUCUCAGCACAAAGGGAGCAAGCUUCUCAUACUGUUUGAUAACAGGCUAGAAUAUUAUCUGAAUGUAGUAACGAGGCUUGUAUUCUUUUCCUUUUGUUCAUACUUCUCUUGGUUGUCUGGAAUUGUUAGUUGCUGAAUUGUUUGCUUUCACCUUUUGCCCGUUGUUGUAUUUUGUGUUUUUAAUUUCUCUCCUUUAAAAUGCUAUUGGUGUAAUACGACAAAAUUAACUCCAUGCUCUACCCAGGAAGAUCACCGAUGUAACACAUGAAUUUAACUUGGAUGUUUUUUGUCACGCCUAAACUAAAAGCUGUAAGUAAAAGAACAGUGUAGGGGGCAAAAACCUAAUUUAGGUUUGUUCUUUUGUUUAAAGGGCUAUUCCCAUCUUAGACCUAUCCUGACCUCUGGCACCCCCACGAUCCUGACAAUAAAGGCUCUGCAGCGCUGAUUUAGCACUGUUCUUCCUUCUGAUAUUUCCCAGCACAGCAUGCAUCUGCAGGAAACAAUACUCUAUUCAUGUAACCCCUUCACUUCCCAAAAAUUAUAUAGAUAAAAUAAUUUAUUUGUACCCAUAAACAGUCUUGAAAAAUAAUACAACUUCUCCAAUGUAAAACAUGCAGCUUUGUCAAAAACUAAGUUCAUUGCAGAUGUGAAAACAUACAUGCAGCUAAUGGGCAUCAGUGCUUAUGUUUAAUUGCAGGUCCGCUUUCCUGCUACCCGGCUCUGCUCUCCCAAAAUGGCUGCUGAUUGAGAGUUAUGUGAUAAGUCUAGUGUGUAGCCUCCAUUCACUUACACUGAGAACAGAUAGCUAAUGUGCAGUCCGUCCCCCGUGUAAGGGCAUAAAGGUCGCUGAUGGACGAGACUGGCCAAAUGACCCUCUAUUACCAACCAUUUUGCAAGCACAGCAGGUAAGGUGGCCUACAAACAAGACAUAAAUGAGGCAUAUUAAACAACCAUAAAUUGGCGCCAGUGGAUUAAUAAUGCUUUUUUACUAGCUGCAUGUUUGUGCCUGUGGCGCUCGUAAUGGAUAGUGGCAAAGUCCUUUCAGGUCUAGUCUUUAAGUGGUUAAAUUGGUUUUCUCCCCCUUUAUGUGCAGUGGUUGGGGUUACAAAAACUGGAACCUCAUACGAUAAGAACGUGAAGUGUUGGUGCGUAUGCAUGAUCACCCGUCUAUUGACUUUUAUGUGGGACUGGCCAGUACAGGGCUCAGCUAUUUCCGUCAAUGCUAUAGAGUUGUAUAGACAGGUGGUCACACAUGUACACUAGUGCUCCAUUCAUCCUGGAGACAGACAUCUGCUCUCAUUCCAGCAAUCCGAAAUUUAUUGUUAGCUGGAUAAAAGUAAAUCGGUGCUGUGAUAUACCAUCACUUUGUAAGAUGGGAAUAACCCUUUAAAUCUCUUGUUCUACGGCCUCCCAUCCUAUUCUGGCCAGCCCCUAGAGCAGUAUUAUAUCACGGAGGCUUCACAGUGGAGAAAUAUUCUUAAUUCAGUUGCUGCAAUGUUUAGUAGGUAUUAUGUUUGAAAUCUUUUGCUUGUUGUACUUGCGGUAUUGGUACAUAAGCACGGUUAUUCUUACUAGGGCAUGGCUUCCGGCAAAUGUAGUAAACGGGGUCUACAUUAUGCUUUUUGUGUAAUUAAAGUCUAAUAAGUUCUGGUAAAGCUGGGCCUGGUCAGUGAGGGAAGCAAAUCAAUAGAAAUGAAUGUUUGUAUAUAACCUGACGUUCCAUAGUAGCUCUACGGUAUGUAGGAUGAGCCAGUAGUUUAAUGGGUUUCAGCUGAAGAAUUAUUGUAGGGUUCAUAACAGGGCAUGUGCUUUGCUUGUUUGGAUCACAUAAGUCUUAGGGGGGCACGUUCAUAAGCUGUAUUUUACUGCAGUUGGAUUUGGUCACUGGCUUUCCAUUGACUGUAAUGGUGCAUAGAAAAUCGUGUGAUGUGCUUCUAUAAAAUCUGUUCUGGGAAGCCUUCCUGCCUUAAAGGGGUUUGUCUCACUUAAGCAAAUGCCAUUUUAUCACAUAGAGAAAGUUAAUACAAGGCACUUUCAUUUUUCCAUCACAUUGUACGCUGCUUGUUUAUAGGGGUUAUGCCCACCCUACAAUCCAGCAGCAGUGGCCGUGCUUGCACACUAUAGAUAAAAGCAUCCGUGGCUGGGACUGUGGAAGCUCACAUAGGCAUGCACCUGCAGCAGCUCUCGUCCCAACCACCUCGUAUCUGCGCUGCAGCGGUGGUCAUAACCUCUGGAUAAGAGCAGUGUAUAAUGUGAUGGGAAAAAAAAUCCGGCCAGCAAAGGAGGCAACAUAGAC